CAAAUUGUGCUGCAGUCUACCUCAUACACCAGUUCUCCCUCCUGCUCCCUCCGUCACUCCUCUGUCAUCCGUUUCCUGUUUUCCCGCUCCUGCUUUUUCCUUUUUCCUUCCCCUCUGUGUCUUUGUGAUGUCUUCCCUUUGCUUCGCCUAACUGUCUUCACCAUGGACAUCGGAGGACUGACCACUGUGGUAGCAAACUCUGCCUACAUCAACGCCCGGGGAAGCAUUGAUGGCUCCAACCCAGCAACGGCUCGGGACAAGAAGUACCACUCUCGCCUCAAGCUGCCCCACAUCACUGUGUGUGAGGGUCUGAAGGACACCCUAGACUUGGCCUUUGACUCUGUAUGUGUGGAGCAGCCAAUUGGAAAACGGCUCUUUAGGGAAUUCUUGGAAGCAAAUCAAGAAUACCACGGGGCUUGUCGUUUGUGGAAAGACAUCGAGGACUAUGACCUGGCCGAGGACUCUGAGAGGGCAAAGAAAGCCUCUAAGAUAGUCCAGCGAUACAUGGACCCAUCUGCCAAACAUUUCUGCCCGUUCCUGCCUGAGGACAUCAUAGCUAAGGUGAAGGAAAACCUGGAAGUUGUGGGCGAUGACUUGUUUGCCGCAGCUUUGGCCAAAACACUGGACUACCUGCGAGAGGCUCCUUAUGUGUUCUUCCUGGAGAGCAUGUACCUGAAGAGGUUCCUUCAAUGGAAAUGGCUGGAGAUGCAGCCCAUGGAUGCAGACUGGUUUCUGGAUUUUCGUGUUUUGGGGAAAGGUGGGUUUGGGGAGGUGUCUGCCUGUCAGAUGAAAGCCACUGGGAAAUUGUAUGCCUGUAAGAAACUCAACAAGAAGAGGCUGAAGAAGAGGAAAGGCUUCGAGGGGGCGAUGGUGGAGAAGAUAAUUCUUGAGAAGGUCCACAGUCGCUUCAUUGUGUCUUUGGCGUACGCCUUCCAGACAAAGGAAGAGCUUUGUCUGGUCAUGACCAUCAUGAACGGGGGAGACCUCAAAUACCAUAUCUACCUGGUGGAUGAGAACAACCCCGGGUUCGAUGAGCCCAGAGCCUGCUUUUACAUUGCUCAGAUCAUCCAGGGUUUGGAGCAUCUCCAUCAGAAGAACAUUAUCUACAGAGACCUCAAACCAGAAAACGUUCUGCUCGAUAACGACGGAAACGUGCGUAUCUCGGAUCUGGGUCUGGCUGUCGAGCUCAAAGAAGGCAAAACAAAAACUAAAGGUUAUGCCGGGACACCAGGGUACAUGGCUCCAGAGAUGCUGAAAGGUGACAAGUAUGACUCCUCGGUGGACUACUUCACUUUGGGCGUCACUUUGUAUGAAUUCAUGGCGGCCAAGAACCCGUUUAGGAACAGAGGCGAGAAGGUCGAGCGUGAAGAGAUGAAGGAGCGCAUGCUGACUCGGGAGGUGACUUACCAAGACAACUUCAGCGAGCACGCCAGGUCCCUGUGCGACGGGCUGCUGGCGAGAGAUGUGGACAAAAGGAUGGGGUUCAAGAACGGCUGUUGUGAUGAAAUCAGAGCUCACCCAUUCUUCAAAGACAUUAACUGGAGGAAACUGAAUGCAGGCAUUAUCCAGCCCCCUUUCGUCCCCGACCCCAAAGUGGUGUAUGCUAAAAGCCUGGAUGACGUCGGGGCUUUCUCCUCUGUGAAAGGGGUGACCCUGGAGGAUCCCGACAAGAACUUUUUUGAUGAGUUUUCCUCUGGAAACAUUCCCAUCCCGUGGCAGGAAGAGAUGAUUGAAAUGGGCAUUUAUUCGGAGCUCAACCUUUGGGGCCCCGAUGGCACCGUGCCCAACGACCUCCGCAGGGAGUCCAUCCUGGAGCAACCAAAGUCAUCGACAUGCCACAUCUGCUAAACGCUAAAAACGUGAAGACCCAAACCCAGAGGACUCUCUGUCAGCAGUUUGAAACAGUUUGAGGCGACUGUUCAUGAAAACAAGAACUGAGACGUAGCUUUAUAAAUGUGAGUGAAUUUGAGCGUAUAGACUUAGGCGUUUCAAAUGUUUAAAUCUUUAUAUGCGGUCUCACUUUCCAUAAAUGUAUUCCUUCACUGUCCUUUUUGUGUGUCUUUGGUUUGUAGUAAUUGCAUUGCUUUUAGAUCAGAAAGUAUUUUUGAACAUUUUCCAUUUUCAAGCAGGAGUUUUGUGUCUUUGCAUCUGGUGCUGACAGAUAUUUGGGUCAUGUAAGUUGUUAUUUGGCCUCUACCACAUGUGUGCUGCUAUAGUGUAUCUCCUGUUCAAUUUAAUGUGUUGUUCUGUUUUUUUGUUUUAGUUAAAUAUAACAAAUCCUUUGUAAUUGUUUCCAGCUGGUUAAGUUUUUUGAAGGUCAUUUAGUCUAAAAACACAGGAACUAAUUGAAAAUAUAACUACAUGUACAAAGAUGAUGUGCUCAAUUUAUUUGGUUUAUUUCUAAGAAUAAAUAAAUAGACUGUCAGAGCAAAAGACUCACAAUUUGAGAAACAUCAAACCUUUAAGGUUGCAGAAAUAAAUUAGCCUUUUCUUUUAGAAGAUUCUUAUGAGGAACUUUUAUUUGUUUAUUACCGGUCGACGUUUUUUUUUUUUAGGGACGUGAUGAGAAUCCUGGUCAAACAUUUUGUGAGGUUUGCUCUCUUUUGCUUGGCAUGCAGUUGCCUUGCACGCCACCUGAAAACAACAAAUGCAAAUUUAAAUAAAUAUUUAUCAGCAGUUACUUGUAGUGUGACUAAUAUAUGCAGGGGCUUUUUCCUGUGGCACCAGACACUUUCUCCUGCCAGGUCAACCGAGCAGCAAUAUGGCAGUUGAAAUUUUUAUUUAGUUUUAUUUUAUUUUAUUCGUCUGUGAUUUUUGUAAAAAAGCAACGCGAGUCUGUACCUGUAAUUUACAGGGAGUGGAUUUAUUGAUCCAACCUACAUCAUGGAGGGAGUUUCUGAAGAACCUUGAGCGGGCUCACAUCACCCCAAUUUUAAAAUCCCUGCAUUGGCUCCCCAUAUGCUUCAGGAUCGAUUUUAAGAUACUUUUCACAGUUUUUAAAUGUCUUAAUGGUCUUGCGCCUCCCUAUCUAUCAGAUCUUUUAGUUAAAUAUGAAGCCUCAUGGACCCUGAGAUCCUGUGGCACUGGUCUUCGAACCGUUCCGAUUGUAAAAACCAAAACUUACAGAGAGGCAUCUUUUCAGCACCAUGGCCCUCGUUUGUGGAACAGUCUGACAGUGGACCUGAGGGCUGCAGAGAGCAUUGAUGCUUUUAAAAAAAGGCUCAAGACCCAUCUUUUUAACCUGGCUUUCAGCUAAUUUUGCUAGUUUUAUUAUUUUAUUAAUUUUAUUUUGUAUUUAUUGGUCUAUUUUAUCUUGUUUUAUGAAUUUACACUAGAUCAUUCACAAUAAACUUUAAUAUUCCUUA